UAAGUAAGCACUGAAUGGUUAUAAAAAAGUCAUACAAUGAAAAUCAUUUUAAAUUCACUUAAGUUUUUAGAAUUUUUGAGAAAACGUAAUUGGGAACGAAGCUGAUAGAAGCUCGUUAUUUUUAUUGCCGGCAAUCAUAUUCUCCGAUCGAUUUCUCUUGAUUUUACCACCAUCUAUGGGUUGAUAACAUACCGAGAAUGUAGAUAGAGGGAAGUUUCCUCGUAUUACUCAGAUUGCUUGCAAAGAUGAUAGUUUCGUGGCUUUUGCUGGCUCUCAGCUUCUUGAGCUUCAGUAAUGGAUCACACAAAACCAACAAAUACGAAGGCUACAAAAUAUAUUCGGUGACAAGUAGACUUCGUUCAGUAGGUUUGGCAAAAACGCUUUCCGAAUUGGGCAAGAAUGUGCCGUACUAUGAGGUCUUUUCCGGAUUCAAAGGUGGCAAUUCCGCCAAGGUGAUGGUGCAUCCCGAGGAGCAGGUGAACUUCGAAAAGCUGAUGGAGGAGAACAAUGCGGAUUAUGAUAUUAUAAGUCGGGAUGUAGCCCUCACUUUGAGCAGCGAAUACGAAGCGAAUCGCAUGUUGCGUGAGCGGAUUCCCUACAACGGAAGAUUGGGAACCGAAAGGUAUUACACCCACGAUGAAAUUAACCAGUUUAUCGCGGACUUGGCCAAGGAAUACCCAAGUCGGGUCUUCCUAAAGACCGUGGGCAAAAGCUAUGAAGGUCGGUCGCUAAAAACCAUCACAAUAACCAAUGGAGAUGCCCGGCGAAAUAAGAAUGUUUUCCUCGUUGAUGGCGGCUUUCAUGCUCGCGAGUGGAUUUCCCCGGCAGCUGCUGUUUACCUGAUCAGCGAGCUGGUGGAGAAUCUGGAGGAAAAUGCCGAUCUCCUGCAGGACUUCGAUUGGGUGAUCCUGCCGGUGGUCAAUCCCGAUGGCUACGAGUUCACCCAGACUUCGGCGGACAAUCGCCUGUGGCGCAAGACCCGGAAACCCAGCAGCGCCAAUUGCAUCGGCACCGAUCCCAAUCGAAACUUUGACUUCCACUGGAACGAGGAGGGCGCUUCGCAGGAUCCUUGUGCUCAAAUCUACGCCGGACCGAAGCCCUUCUCGGAACCGGAAGCAGUGGUGGUGGGGAAUCUCAUACAUACCUACGCUGAUCGGGGAAAAAUGUACCUCACUCUCCAUUCUUAUGGAUCGCUUAUCUUGUACCCUUGGGGCUGGACUACAGAAGUUCCUGAGACUGUUGACGAUUUGCAAGAGGUGGCGGAGGCAGGCCAACAAGCUAUUAUAGGGGACACGGGCACUGUGUACUUAGUAGGAUCCUGUACGGAAACCAUUGGAUAUGCGGCUUCUGGGGCUAGUGAUGAUUAUGCCUACAACGCUGGCUUCCCCAUUUCCUUCACCAUGGAACUGCCCUUCGGCGGCAGCGGAUUCGAUCCCCCAGCCUCGGAUAUCGAUCAUUUGGUCAAGGAAGCUUGGGUUGGCAUUGCGGCCAUGGCCCGAAAAGUAAUUGAAAAGUAUCCUCUUGUAAAUAUACCAUCUGGGGCCCGUGGCAUAUUCUUUUGAUGGAAUAUCAGUAAAAAUUGUCAGUUUAGUCUAAUUUUAAUAAACCGUAAAUGUAUACUGUGUCGAAUAACUAUAUCCGGAUAUCCGAUACUGUAUACAUUUACACAGGGCCGG